CACUUGGACAGUAAAAUCUACAUUUGCACAAUUUUUGAUGAAUUUGAAUGCAUAAUGGACGAUAUUUCACUAUACGAGUCAACAAUUUGUCGAUUGUGUGCUGAAAAUAAUUCUAAUGGAGUUAAUUUAUUUACUGAUAACGAGGGAGAUCCAGCUCUAAGUACUCUUAUUAACCGAUUUCUACCAUUAAAGGUCCAAGAUGAUGGAAAAUUACCGACGACUAUUUGCCCAGGGUGUAACAUUCAGCUGGAGUCGACGAUGCAAUUUUUUAAUUUGCUCAUUGAGGGCCAAAAAAAAUUGCGCGAUUUAUUGAAACAAGAAAAUGAAUUUAAAAAAAAUGAUCGGUUGAAAAUGAAUGACAAUCCGUUGGAGCAAUCGAAUCCUGAGUCAAUGGAGUUGGUAAAUUUUGAGCAAAAGGAUGAAAACUAUGGUCAGAGAAUAAUAAUAAGUAGUACGUUUUUUAUUUUUUAUUUUGCACGCCUCAUAAGCGAGUACUCUACUCUCGACAUUUCAAAAAAAGCAGUUUUCUCGAAACUGAAAUUGAUUUUUUAGGUAAAUUUCAUAAAAUCUAUCUAUUGCAUUGGCCCUUCUGUUAAAAUUCACAUAGAAAUUCUGUUACCAGACGGCUCGAUGUACGCAGCAGAGCAUGACAUGAGCCUCCAGAUGGAAGGCCUAGAAAAGCCUCGAAGAAAGCGAGGCCGACCGCCUAAAAUCCACGUGGAUGAUAUCAAGGAAGAAGUAUUGGAGACCAGCCAGGAAGACGAAGACAAACAAGACGACUAUGACGAUGAGCUGGACGGUGACAGUAGACGGAGACGUAAGCGCAAGAUCCCCAAGCGUUUUUCAGAAGUCGUCCGGGGAAAAGAGCUAGAGAGGAUUUUCAAAGAAGAGGGAGUCAUUGACGAUGAAGAGUACACGAGAGACCACGAGCUAGAUGACAAAGACAAGCACUUACCUCUUCCCGAUGGCAAUGUCGAGGUGAUUGGCCACACCGAGUCCCACGACGGAGAAGAUCUCGGCGAGUUGAUAAUCAUGAACCGCGGUCGGGGUCGCGGGAGACCCAAGACCAGGCACAAAAAGGCUAAACAUAUUUGCAACACUUGCGGCCGCGCGUUCCAACAACGUCACCGGUACAUUAUGCACAAGAGCAGUCACUUGGGUGACAAAUACGAGUGUCUGGAGUGCAGCAAGCAGUUCACAAUAGUGGACAAUUUUCUGGCACAUCAAAAAACUGAGGAGCACACUGGCAAGAGAAUUAUUAAAAAUAAUUGCACUAAUGAGGAGUACUUGCAAGAUUUUGGGGAAAUUAUUGAUGACAAUGAUGUCAAUGAUUCCGCGGAUGCGCUUGAGUCUGAUGACAAAGAUAUGAAGAAUAUGAAAGUACAAAGCUUGGAUGAAGAUAUCAAAGAUGAUCUUGAUGAAAAUAGCAAUGAUAAUAAUAAUGAUAAUGAUGAUAAUGAUGGGAAUAUUUAUGAUGAAUUUAAAGAGAACGAAUUGAAAGAUGUAAAAGAGUACAUGUGUGAUAACUGCGAAGAAAUUUUUACAAAUUUAAACACUCUUGAAGCUCACAUUAAAAAAUUCCACAAUAAAGAUAAUCCAUUUGUGUGUGAAGUUUGCGAGGAGACAUUUGCGUCUGAGGAAAAUCUGAAGGUCCAUGUGUCUACUCAGCAUUUCACAAACCCUAAGAAGACCAACAAAGCUUGUAUCUGUGACAUCUGCGGUAAAGUACUGAACCACCCUAGCUCAGUAGUGUACCACAAGGAAGCCGAGCACAACAAUGGCCGAAAAUUCGUGUGCAAUAAAUGUGGCAAGAAUUUCAAGCACAAGCAGCUUCUCCAGCGGCAUCAGCUGACGCAUUCUCAGGCUCGGCCGUUCGUUUGCAAGCUGUGUGACGCCAGUUUUAAAACCAAAGCGAAUUUGAUAAACCACCAGUCGACGCACACUGGGGAAAAAAAGUACCGGUGUACUCAGUGCGAUCGGCAGUUUGCACACAAGACCAGCUUAACUCUGCACUACCGCUGGCACAACGGCGAAAAGCCUUACAGGUGUGAAAUUUGCGGGAAACAUUUUUCUCAAAAUGGCAAUUUGCAAGAGCACUUGCGAAUUCACACUGGAGUUAAGCCUUACGAGUGCGAUGAGUGUCAUAGAAGGUUUACGACCUCCUCGCAGUUUAAAUUGCACCAGAAGCGACACACUGGGGAGCGUCCUUGGAAGUGUGAGUUCUGUUUCAAGACUUACUUGCACAAGGACACUUGGAAAACUCACCUAAGGAGGCACAACGAGGAAAAACCCUUCCAGUGCACGGACUGUGAUCGUUCCUUUACUGAGCAGUGGGCGUUGAAGAAGCACAUUCGCACCCACACUGGUGUAAAGCCUUACAAGUGCGACAUCUGCGACAAGCGGUUCGCAGACUGCUCCAAUCUCACCAAGCACAAGCGCAUCCACAGAGAGCACAAAAAUCUGCCUGUGGGAAAUGUUAAGGCAGAAAUUUCUGGAGUGAUUAAUGACACUGCGGCUGAACAUGGAGCCAGUGUAGAAGCUGGACAGGUUUGGCAAAUAUACCCGGCUCAGGAAGCUGAAGAUUCUAUUGAGUUGCAGCAGGUGAUCACCGAGGAGGGCGCUGAGGAGAACCAGCCGGUUAUCUACCAGGUGUCCUAUCAAGACCCCAAUGACCCGAGUCAGUCCAGGACGCUUCAGUUGAGCACCAUUGAGGGCAAGGAACUUCUGUCUUCGCUGCAGGUUCAGGAACAGCUGGUCAAGCCCAACACUUCUCAAGAAGAAAUAGACUUCUCUGACCAGAGGUUCCUCCAGAUUACUGACGCUGAGGGCAAUCCCAUUACUCUGACGUAUCACGACGCUAAACAGCUGAUUGCUCACAGUGGAUUCGGGCAGCACAAUGGGCAGAUUAUUCGUGUACAAUCGGAGGUUCCUGAAGAAAUUCCCAACCAAUUGGCUAUCCAUAUGCGGCAGACUUUAGCUGAAGAUGUCACGCAACAAAAUAUCGCGCUGGAUGACAACACAGCGCUUGUUAAAGUCCUGGAAGAUGAUUCUGGUGAGCAGAUUGAUGGCUCUGCUCCGGGGACUACUUAUAUUCAUGUUCCUACUACUGCACAUUUUUACACCUCUGUGUUGGCGAAUCCUGGGGAUGAAUAUGUCUCUAUUAUGUAG